UUGUUAUUGUUUAUGUCAGUUGGACGUUUGAUAGAAGAAGUGACAAAAACAAAACAAAUCUACACCCAAACCUGUCGAGUUUACCCCCCACAAAAAACAAAAAAAACGAGCACAGCCAGCUAGAUAGGGACGUUAUGACAAAUAGGAUUAUUGCCCCGAAACAUGUGUCAACACAGGGGGUAAUAAACUCAUGGAGCUUCGCAACGGCACACAGGGGAGAAUAACGAGCCUCCGGCGGGGCUGCAAGAGAGUCGAGCCGCCCAUCGCGAACAUGAGGCGGGAUGUCAGUAAAGUUUUGCGCCCGCUUCCCGUGGAGACCAACGAUGAUGAUGAGCCCAUGGAAGAAGAGGACUGCUUCUCCACGGGCUUCCUUAAGAGUGCCAACCGGGAGCUCGCGACGCUGUUCUCGGCGCCCCGGUAUAGUCUGAUUCGGGAGGUGGGUCGCGGGAGCUACGGCGUGGUGUAUGAAGCCGUCGCCCGCAGGACCGGAGCCCGGGUGGCCGUGAAGAAGCUCCGCUGCGACGCGCCAGAGAAAGUGGAGCUAGCGCUGGCUGAGUUCUGGGCCCUGGCGAGCCUGGAGAAGAAGCACGAGAAUGUGGUGCAGCUGGAGGAGUGUGUGUUGCAAAGAAACGGGAUGGCACAGAAAAUGAGCCACGGAAACAAGCGAAACAAGCAGUAUUUGAGAUUAGUGGAAACUUCACUGAAAGGUGAGCGGAUCUUGGGUCACCCAGAGGAACCGUGUUAUCUUUGGUUUGUAAUGGAGUUCUGCGAUGGUGGCGACCUCAACCAGUACAUCCUCUCCCGAAGACCUGAUCCGCGGACCAACCGCAGUUUCAUGAAGCAGCUGACCAGCGCCGUGGCCUUCCUCCAUAAGAACAACAUUGUCCACCGGGACCUCAAACCAGACAACAUUCUCAUCUCGCAGAAAUCGGAUGGUCCCGUGAUUAAGGUCGCCGACUUCGGCCUCAGCAAGGUGUGCGCGGGACUCGGCUACAUUGAGAACGACGACGGCGACAACCGUGUUAACAAGAACAUGGUGAACAUUAAUAAGUUCUGGCUGUCGUCGGCGUGCGGUUCUGACUUCUACAUGGCACCGGAGGUGUGGGAGGGCCAUUACACCGCCAAGGCGGACAUUUUCGCGCUCGGCAUCAUCAUUUGGGCCAUGGUAGAACGCAUCACGUUUAUCGACGCCGAAUCCAAGCGAGAGCUCCUCGGCACGUACGUUCGCCAGGGAACCGAGAUCGUCCCGGUGGGCGAGGCCUUGCUGGAGAACCCGAAGAUGAUCCUGCAUAUCCCGCAAAGGACACGCAGUAUCAUGUCGGAGGGCGUCAAGCGGCUUUUGCAGGACAUGUUGGCGGUCAACCCGCAGGACCGGCCCGACGCGUUUCAGCUGGAAGCCAGAAUGGACCAAGUCACAUGUGCGGGAUAAGCCAACGUGAUUGGCCAAAACGAGCAUGCUUGCUCUUUCAGGUUUGCAGAGUAGAAUUGCUCGCCGAUGGAAAGAAAAUCACAAGGAAUCCUCGGAACUGUGAAAUUUCUCUUGUUCUCACUUCCAGAAAGCAGAAGUGAAAAGAAAAGUCUCGACCUCUACAUUAAAGACCCAUCACGUGGAAAUGCUAUGCAGGUAUCUUUCAUAACACGCCGUUUUUCUACUCCAGUGCAUCGGAUUCCAGAUACAAGUCUUCCAAACUGACUCUUAGAUCUCUCCAGCAAUGAUCUCACGUCCCUCUCGUUCUCUGCUGUGUGAGUCGUGCUGUUGUUCUGGACCAGAUUUCGACACACACCACGUUGCACUAUGUCCUCGAACAAGCAUAUCCGCUGAAACUACCUUUUACCAGACAGUAUAGAUGUAAAUACUUUGAUAAUGCAGCGCUAGGAUUGAUCGAGCGUUGUUGAAUGCUCUAAAAUAUUCACGGGAUGACAGAGAAGGAAGUUAUUAUAAAGCUCACAACCAUAAAGACUUACUGUGAACGAUGUAAUGUGAACAACUGGGUACAUAGCGACCCCGUCUCUCCUGUAGGAAUGAAUGUUUCUGACCCGAACAACAGCACUUCUGGAAAAAAACACACAAUUUAAAUCACCGUUGUGCCUUAUUUUCACUUUUCUUUUUCUAAGAAAGUAUUUGGAUGGUUCUUAUUAUUUUAGUUUAGUUUUUUUAAAGAUGUUUCAAAUGAUUUUGUUUUAUUUGAAAUGUCGCGAUGUUAUUUCCAUGCUAAUAAUAUUGGUUUUAACAUUAGCAAAAAUGUGAGAGGUAUUGAACUUUGGUUUGAUUUGAGUUCAUUUGACAGGAUCCAUGGAAGUUCCUGUCGCAUAAUUUCUUUUUGUGUGUGUGUGCGUGUCAUUUAUCAUCUAUCAAAAUACAGAUCAGGUGUAGAUAAAAAAAUGACACUUUUUUUUUUUUUUUUGUACGAACGCCGUUUAACCAGGAGAUUAUUUUACUGUCUAUGCAGACUGGAGAGUUGAUGUUUUCUAAAUAAUGAAUUGGUGAGGGAUCAAACGUUGUUGCUGUUAAUCUUGGUUUUUUAUGUUCACAUUAUUGUAGCAAAGUGUCUAAUUUCACAUCAAAAACGGAUAUAUGGAAUGUUUUAGUUCCGUUGGAAUGGAACAGUUUGAAUUCACUUUAUGGAAUUUUAUACACGGAACACUGCAAGAUUCUGUUUCUAUAGAAACCAUUGAUGUAGCUUGAUAGUCCUCCGUACUGUUUGACACAAACACACCAGAUUUUAAUUAUAAAAAGUGUUCACAUUCAAGGUUAAAGAACAUACAUUUUAGGUCACAAUAGGCUAUAUUUCUCCUGUAAACUGGAUACUUUUCCUUCUGUAUUUUAGUAAGGAUUUCUAUUCAGUGUUCUUGUUUACAUACUCAGUGUUUCUACCUCACUAUCACGACAUCUUUAACCUCACUUUUCCUGGCUGUGGUGCGUUGCGUUUAGUUGAGUUUCUUCAGCGGUAGCACUCUUAUCCGUAACGUAUUAAACGUCUCGAGCUGACUUUGCAUUUCACUGAAUAUGUUGUUAUUUUAUUGUUCUUUAUAUGAGGUGCAGAGCGAGAUGAAUCUUCAUUUGUUAUGGUAAAAAAAGGUCUUUGCUUUUAUCUUACAUUCUUCCUAAAGAGAUAUGGUGAUAGAAAAAAGGCGAAAGAGUGCAAACUCAAAGUCAAACAUUUUGUUAGCAAAUGCAAAGUUUCUCAGGGGAACAGAAAGUGAACGCAAAGUUUCUUGUGGGACGCAAAAUGUUUAGCGGGCGAACGCAACGUUUCUCAUGGGAACAGAAAGUGCAUAGUUUUUCUGAAGAACGCAACGUUUCGCGAGCUAACACAAAGUUUCUCAUUGAACACAAAAUGUUUCGCGAGCGAACACAAAAUUUUGCGUUGAACACAAAAGUUUUCGCGAGUGAACGCAAAGUUUCACGUUGAACGCAAAAUGUUUAGCGAGCAAACGCAAACUUUCUCGGGGAACACAAAACGUUUAGCUAACGAACGCAAAGUUUCUCAUUGAACGCAAAAUGUUUCGCGAGCGAACGCAACGUUUCUCAUGGUAACAGAAAGUGACUGCAUAGUUUUUCUGAGGAACGCAACGUUUCGCGAGCCAACACAAAAUUUCUCAUUGAACACAAAAUGUUUCACGAGCGAACGCAAAAUUUGACGUUGAACGCAAAAUGUUUCGCGAGCGAACGCAAAAUUUCACGUUGAACACAAAAGGUUUAGCUAACGAACGCAAAGUUUCACGUUGAACGCAAAAUGUUUAGCGAGCAAACGCAAACUUUCUCGGGGAACACAAAACGUUUAGCUAACGAACGCAAAGUUUCUCAUUGAACGCAAAAUGUUUCGCGAGCGAACGCAACGUUUCUCAUGGGAACAGAAAGUGAGUGCAUAGUUUUUCUGAGGAACGCAACGUUUCGUGAGCUAGCACAAAGUUUCUCAUUGAACACAAAAUGUUUCACGAGCGAACGCAAAAUUUCACGUUGAACGCAAAAUGUUUCGCGAGCGAACGCAAAAUUUCACGUUGAACACAAAACGUUUAGCUAAUGAAUGCAAAAUUUCACGUUGAACACAAAAUGUUUCGCGAGCGAACGCAAAAUUUCACGUUGAACACAAAAGGUUUAGCUAACGAACGCAAAGUUUCACGUUGAACGCAAAAUGUUUAGCGAGCAAACGCAAACUUUCUCGGGGAACACAAAACGUUUAGCUAACGAACGCAAAGUUUCUCAUUGAACGCAAAAUGUUUCGCGAGCGAACGCAAAAUUUCACGUUGAACACAAAAGGUUUAGCUAACGAACGCAAAGUUUCACGUUGAACGCAAAAUGUUUAGCGAGCAAACGCAAACUUUCUCUGGGAACACAAAACGUUUAGCUAACGAACGCAAAGUUUCUCAUUGAACGCAAAAUGUUUCGCAAGCGAACGCAAACUUUCUUAUUGAACACAAAAUGUUAAGCGAGCGAACGCAAAGUUUCUUGGGGAACACAACCUUUUUCGCGAGCGAAUGCAAAGCUGGAACUCAAAAUAUUUAGGGAGUGAACACAAUAUUUCUCAUUGGACGCAAAAAGUUUCUCGAGCGAUCGCAAACUUUUUUGGGGAAUGCAAAAUAUUUAGCGAGCGAACGCAAAUUUUCUCGGGGAAAUUAAAAACCUUUUGGGAGCGAACGCAAAGUUUCUCGGGGGACGUAAAAUUUUUAGCGACAAAUGAUUUUUUUUUUUUUCCUCCCAUCUCUUAUUUUUUCCUUCACCAUGGCCCUUUAGCCUCUGAUCUCUUUAUGGAUCAACACAGUUCAAAUAUUCCUGAUAUACCUCCUCUGACAGUGACUCUCUUAGGGAUCUUCUAACUGUUCUAUCUAGACAAAAUCCACAGGAAGUUCAUUUCUUUCAACAGUAAAACAUAUUAAAGAACAUUUCAAGUCUGGAAAUAGUACAUUUAGUGUAACUCACCUUGAAAUACCAAAAAACCUCAUGGACUCACAGUAAGGUCUGCUUCCUGUCCCUCAGGUGUUCACUGUUAAAUGUUUGCAGGUCAAACAAACAGGACCAUUUAAAGCCAGAGGAAGACUAUAGACUAUUCACUACAAACACAGAAACCAAACUGUUAUCUUUCUACUGAAUUGUUUUCUUUCUAUCCUUUGGUGAUUUUUUUUUUUUUUUAGAUUACAGAUAUUUUAAAUUGCACAAAUGUCUUCUCAUAGUUAAUAUUGAACUGGGUUUGGUUUGUGAUGCUAUGAGCCAUUUGAUGUUUUUGCAAUGCGAUCUUUCCUAAAUGUACGUAGACUCUUGUUUUCUUGAAAUAAAGAAAUAGAAAUAAAUA